AUGGAUGCUAUGCUAAAAGAUAUGAGAGCAGAAUUUGAUAAAGAUGAAUAUUCUAUAGAUUCUAUUAGAAAAAUUCUUUCAUCAUACAAAAGUAAAAAAGAAGAUUGGCAAAAAUUUUAUUUUUAUGAUCCACAUAAAUAUACCAGAAAUUUAGUUGAUACUGGAAAUGGAAAAUAUAAUGCAAUGAUUCUUGUAUGGCCUGAAGGAAUAAUAAGUCCUAUUCAUGAUCAUACAUCAAAUGAUUGUUUUGUAAAAGUUCUUUAUGGUGAGUUAACUGAAACAAGAUAUGAAUGGCCAAAAGAUGAGAGUGAAGAAACAGGAAUGAAUGAAAUUGGAAAAGAAACAUACUCUAUAAAUGAGGUAACAUAUAUGUGUGAUAAAAUUGGUCUUCAUAGAAUGGAAAAUCUUAGUAAUUCUAAACCAGCUGUAACACUUCAUGUUUACAUUCCAGGAUACAAAGUGUGUCAAAUUUUUGAUGAACAUACAGGUCAUAAAACAAAAUGUAAUGUUACUUAUUAUACCAAAUAUGGUCAAAAAGUUGAUUAUAAAGGAAACAAAGAAGGAACUAUUGUGGAAACUGAAUAA